GCAGUCUUGAGGCUUCAGAAACUGCUGGAACUUGUAAUUUUCUAUGAUGGAUUUUUUGAAGCAGAUGUGUUUUUAUCACAUGAACAACAUGUCAUGAAUGUUGUCUGUCAUGAAUUUAUUAUCAGACUUUUGGAAAUAUGAAAAUAAAACUGCUGGGUCAAAAUUACACACACAGUGAUGGUAUUGUUGGUUAAGAUUCCCUUAGUCAUUUUCACUUCAUCUAGGCACAUUUGGUAGCAAUCAACAAGCUUCUGGCAAGCGUCUGGUUGUAUCUCUGAACAUUCAUCAGAACAGAAUUGGUACAGUUCAACUACAUUUAUUAGCUUUUCUGACACAAUAAUGAGUUUCUUCAACAAAAAAAAUUAAGAGCGAGAAGAGUCACUGAAAACUCAAGACUGCUAUGGUAGACUAGUUUGUCACAUGGGGUGCUGGUACAAUUAAAAGUUGAUCAUCUCAAUCUGCAGCUUGUACAUGCACGGUUGAAGGAAAAACAUACAACUAUGGGCAAACCAUCUACAACACAACCGAUGGGCUAGGAAACUGCAUUACAGCUCAGUGCGGGGCCAAUGGAAAUGUGACGAGGAUCGUCUACCCUGCUCAACAUCAACUACCAUUGGCCGACAACGAUACCUUUUACAUUUAGCACAGUCGGGGGGUAACAACUUCAGGUAAAGAAACCUAAAAUGUUGCAUCAGAAUUGAUAGUUGAUUGAUUGUUGUACAUUUUACUUACUUAGACAAGAUGUCUGAUUUUUAUUUCAUGUAGGCACAACAUUACCACUGAAAACCACAAUUGCAACCACAACAACUCCUACGGAGCACAAAACCUCGACCUCUGAACCUCUGACAGUGGUUACCACGGGACCAAUAAAGACCUCAACCAUGAAUGUUCCUGAAACCACUACAUCAGUGCCAGAAAUCACAGUGACCAGCCAAGAAUCCACUGUUGUGACAUCCAAACCUUCUGUGACUACCACAACUAUUCAGGCAUCUUCAAGUACUACUGUUGGAACCACAACGAAACUUGUUGAGACAACCACUCCUGAAGGAACAACAGUCCAGGUUGUGACAACAAAACCUCCCAAGAUAGUCACCACUGGUCCUAUAACAACCUUAACCACAACUGUUGUUGAAACCACUACGUCAGUGCCAGAAAUCACAGUGACCAGCCAAGAAUCCACCAUUGUGACAUCAACACCUUCUGUGACUACCACAACUACUCAGGCACCUUCAAGUACUACUGUUGGAACCACAACCAAGCCCACUGAGACAACCACCCAUCAAGGAACAACUGCUAUUGCCCCUAUAACACAGACACUACCAGGCAGUACAACUAUUUACACAACUAGUGCAACCACACAACCAGUCACAAACACAACAAUCCAGGUUGUGACAACAAAACCUCCCAAGAUAGUCACCACUGGUCCAACAACAACCUUAACCACAACUGUUGUUGAAACCACUACGUCAGUGCCAGAAAUCACAGUGACCAGCCAAGAAUCCACUGUUGUGACAUCAACACCUUCUGUGACUACCACAACUACUCAGGCACCUUCAAGUACUACUGCUGGAACCACAACCAAGCCCAUUGAGACAACCACUCCUGAAGGAACAACAGUCGAGGUUGGGACAACAACGGUUCCAAAGACAGUCACCACUGGUCCUACAACAACCUUAACCACAACUGUUGUUGAAACCACUACGUCAGUGCCAGAAAUCACAGUGACCAGCCAAGAAUCCACUGUUGUGACAUCAACACCUUCUGUGACUACCACAACUAUUCAGGCAUCUUCAAGUACUACUGUUGGAACCACAACGAAACUUGUUGAGACGACCACUCCUGAAGGAACAACAGUCCAGGUUGUGACAACAAAACCUCCCAAGAUAGUCACCACUGGUCCGACAACAACCUUAACCACAACUGUUGUUGAAACCACGACGUCAGUGCCAGAAAUCACAGUGACCAGCCAAGAAUCCACCAUUGUGACAUCAACACCUUCUGUGACUACCACAACUACUCAGGCACCUUCAAGUACUACUGUUGGAACCACAACCAAGCCCAUUGAGACAACCACCCAUCAAGGAACAACUGCUAUUGCCCCUAUAACACAGACACUACCAGGCAGUACAACUAUUUACACAACUAGUGCAACCACACAACCAGCCACAAACACAACAAUCCAGGUUGUGACAACAAAACCUCCCAAGAUAGUCACCACUGGUCCGACAACAACCUUAACCACAACUGUUGUUGAAACCACUACUGCCAGAAUCACAGUGACCAGCCAAGAAUCCACCGUUGUGACCUCCAAACCUUCUGUGACUACCACAACUACUCAAGCACCUUCAAGUACUACUGUUGGAACCACAACCAAGUCUGUUGAGACAACCAUCCCUGAAGGAACAACAGUCCAGGUUGUGACAACAAAACCUCCAAAGAUAGUCACCACUGCUCCUACAACAACCUUAACCACAACUGUUGUUGAAACCACUACGUCAGUGCCAGAAAUCACAGUGACCAGCCAAGAAUCCACUGUUGUGACAUCAACACCUUCUGUGACUACCACAACAACUCAGGCACCUUCAAGUACUACUGUUGGAACCACAACCAAGCCCAUUGAGACAACCACUCCUGAAGGAACAACAGUCGAGGUUGGGACAACAACGCCUCCAAAGACAGUCACCACUGGUCCUACAACAACCUUAACCACAACUGUUGUUGAAACCACUACGUCAGUGCCAGAAAUCACAGUGACCAGCCAAGAAUCCACCGUUGUGACCUCCAAACCUUCUGUGACUACCACAACUACUCAAGCACCUUCAAGUACUACUGUUGGAACCACAACCAAGUCUGUUGAGACAACCACCCCUAAGGGAACAACAGUCCAGGUUGUGACAACAAAACCUCCCAAGAUAGUCACCACUGGUCCGACAACAACCUUAACCACAACUGUUGUUGAAACCACUACGUCAGUGCCAGAAAUCACAGUGACCAGCCAAGAAUCCACUGUUGUGACAUCAACACCUUCUGUGACUACCACAACUACUCAGGCACCUUCAAGUACUACUGUUGGAACCACAACCAAGCCCAUUGAGACAACCACUCCUGAAGGAACAACAGUCGAAGUUGGGACAACAACGGCUCCAAAGACAGUCACCACUGGUCCUACAACAACCUUAACCACAACGGUUGUUGAAACCACUACGUCAGUGCCAGAAAUCACAGUGACCAGCCAAGAAUCCACCGUUGUGACCUCCAAACCUUCUGUGACUACCACAACUACUCAAGCACCUUCAAGUACUACUGUUGGAACCACAACCAAGUCUGUUGAGACAACCACCCCUGAAGGAACAACAGUCCAGGUUGUGACAACAAAACCUCCCAAGAUAGUCACCACUGGUCCGACAACAACCUUAACCACAACUGUUGUUGAAACCACG